CGCUGUUUCUUCCAUCGCUGUCUCUCAGUGCCCUGCUCAUUGUGUUCUUGUGCCCUUGCUGCCGUCCCCAAGCGCCGCUCUCCUCUCGCCUGCAUCGGGCCUGGCUCUGUCAGUGUAACGGUCGCGGCUGCCGGUGCUGAUAAGACAUUUGGCCCAGGAAGGGACUGGUCUCCCGCAGCGCACCUACCGCGCGAAUCACACAGGGGAGCAGGGGUCUGUGCUUGUGCCUGCACCAACAAUCUGCGCGCUGCAAUCUGAAAACAGCGCCGCAUAAUAAUCUUAUAUCUCCCGCGCUGCCCCCGUCCAGCUAUUCUUUCGCAUCCGCCUCCACGCCUCCACGCCCCGGUCAGGUACCGCUCUUCCUGCUCUCCCUACCUCCCAGGCUCUGGCCACCCGCGGCCACGAUGCUCUCCUUCAAGAAGGCCCUCGUGCUUUCCCUCGCCGUCCUGACCCUGUUCUUUCUCUUCAAGAGCACCCACUCGUCCCACUCACCCGCCCCGUACCGCAAUGCCAACGACAUGCCCAAACCCACGUCCAUGCAGCCGAAGCCCAAGCCCAAGCCAGAGACCAAGGCGGACGUCGCCAAGGCAGACAAGGCCUUCGACACGCCCGACACCCCCAAGAAGGUCAGGGAGCAGAUUCCGUUGGACGAGCUGCACAAGAGGCCGCUGCGCAAGCAGCUUGAGUACCAGUUUCCCUACGAUGUCGACUCCAAGUUCCCAGCCUACAUCUGGCAGACGUGGAAGUCGACGCCGGCCCAAGGCAACUUCCCUGAGGAAUUCCGCGAGGCCGAAGCCAGCUGGACCAUCAAUCACCCAACCUUUGUACACGAGGUCAUCACCGACGAUGUGGCUGUGCACCUGAUCCGACACCUCUAUGCCUCUGUUCCCCAGGUCCUCGAGGCCUACAAUGCGCUGCCUGUUCCCGUCCUAAAGGCCGACUUCUUCCGCUACCUCAUUCUCCUUGCCAGAGGCGGCAUCUACUCCGACAUUGACACUCACGCGUUGAAAAGCGCCGCCGAUUGGAUCCCCUCGGAUGUUCCUAGCGAUUCGUACGGCAUGGUCAUUGGUAUCGAGGCUGAUCCGGAACGCCCGGAUUGGGCGGACUGGUACGCGCGCCGCAUCCAGUUCUGCCAAUGGACUAUUCAAUCCAAGCCUGGCCAUCCCAUUCUGGUGGAUGUGGUUGCAAACAUCACGCAAGAAACGCUACAACGCAAGGCCGACGGCAAGCUCACCAAGGACACCAAGGGCAUAAUCGAGUUCACCGGCCCAGGUCUGUGGACCGAUAGCGUCUUCUCCUUCUUCAACGACCCUGCAUACUUCGACAUGAGUACCAGCAAGGGCAACAUCACCUACACCCACUUCACCGGCAUGAAGCAGCCUAAGAAGGUUGGCGACGUAAUCAUCCUCCCGAUCACGAGCUUUAGCCCCGGCAUCAAGACGAUGAACGCUGGCGAAGAGGACGACCCGAUGGCUUUUGUGAAGCAUCAGUUUGAAGGCUCGUGGAAGCCCGAAAGCGAGCGCCACAUUGGCAAGAUCUUUAAUUGA